ACACCACUCAGGAGCUGCUGCGGCAGCAGAAGUCUAUUCAACACAAGGGAGGGAAAUAAUGCACAGAAUUAAGGCUCCCUUACUGCCUCAGGGAGUGGAGAAAUGCAAGAGAAUGUGUGACGGCUAACAGGAAUAAAAAGAGGGGCUAGAAAGACCAGACAGUAAAGGAAAAGCUUUAGGAAGCCCAGAGCACACCACAGGGGAUAUUACAAAGGAAGGCAGGAGAAGAUGGAUGCAAUACUGUUGAUGGUGCACCAGAACCCUAUUUUCUCUGUGUUGUUGUUCUCUCUCAUGUUCAGGGUGGUUCAUCACCUGCUAAGGAAACUGCCCCUACCCAAAGUAGUAGAGCAUGAUGAGCUGCGCUCCUGGAAGUGGAGAAACCUCAGUGUGUCUCUGGUUCAUUCACUGCUAACUGGCCCAUGGGCCAUAACCUGUGUGACCCUAUGGCCUGAGAUGCUGAGUAACAUGCAUUCUUUCUCCACACCAGUCUGCUUCCUGCUUGUGAGUGUUUCAGCAGGUUACUUUUUGCAAGAUGCUGGAGACAUCAUAUUUUCAGGACAUGCCUUAGGAUCAUGGGAGUUCCUGCUCCAUCACUUCUUGGUGUUGUGGUGCUUCCUGUACAAUCUCUAUACCCAGCGCUAUGUGGCUGGAGCAGUGUUUGCUCUCCUGGUGGAGGUCAACAGCAUGACCCUCCAUGCACGGCUGCUACUGAAGCUGGCGGGUGCUCGGGGGACACGUCUCUACCAUGCCAACAAAUUCCUCAACCUCUUCACGUAUGUCACCUUCCGUUUAGGUGCCCAGUUUUACAUAACCUUUUACAUCAUCAUUAAUUUCACCUUGCUGCUUCAUGGCAGCUACUUCCUGCUCACUGUGCUCAUCAUGGACACCAUGAUCCUCAUCUACUUCUACCGAUUGCUCAGAGCUGACUUUUGGCCAAGAGGAAAGGGCCAUGUCAUGCAGAACGGCACUCACUGUAGCAGCUCCUCCCAGCUCUUUGAUGACUGAUCAGUCCUUUAUCAGGAUGAAUACAACCAACUGUCUGCUUCACUCCGCUCAGUUUAAGACUGUGUUUGCACCCAGUCAUUUCACUGUGUUGUGUUCACUGUGUUGUGUCCUGAUCAAAAUGAGAUGAAUUUACAGUUGUAGUAAGGCAUCUCAACAUGCCUUAGCCAGCCUGAAAUCUGAUUUCAGUAUUAUACAUUAAUAUACUAUGACUUAAUCAGCUCACUAAAUUGUACUUUCUAAAGAAUUUCUCGUUUUCAGGGUUUUUUCAUGCAAAAGAAGAUUCAAAUAUGUGCAUUUUGUUUUUAAUAUCUUUCAAAUUGGCCUGGGAAGAUGAGUAUAUUUACACUCCAAUAACUUGUAGCUAAAAUGCGUCUCAUACACAUCCUUUUAAAGUGUUUGGGUAAUUAGAAUAAAAUCCAUUUUAUUUGCAUCCUGGGUCCAAUUACACAUGUAUUUUUAUGUGGAUAAUACCUAUCAUAAAUUCAAGAUGCAUACAGUAGAAGUAUAAAAAGAUUAGUAUAUGCUUUUGUGCUGCCCAGUUCACUGGGAUGUGUUUACCCUGAAAAUCUAUGACUGCCUCUUUCUGCCUUCUCUCAAGAGUUCCUCAAGAAUCUCACUGCCUCUUGUUUUUGUGAAAUUGUGAUUCAUGUCUUUUAAGAUGUGAGUAAACUGUAUGGCCUUUCCUGUCAGGCUUUGUAGACAGACUUCAUGGUUGUCAACAAAACAAGCAAUAAUGUAGCAUUGAAUGGCAGACAAUUAGAAAAAAAAAUCUUGCUACACCAUACAUAAUGUGCACCGUUUUGAGAUAAAAGUUUGUAAUUCAUAUUUACAGUCAUAACUAUCAUAAGAAUAUGUGUAUCUGCUAACCUCCAAGCUAGAAACCUAAAUUGUCCAUGUGUUAUUUGAUUACUUUGACUGUGCUUUAAAAUUAUAUGAAACAGCUCCUUGUCCUAACUUUCAGAUAACUUAUUAACUAUGCUCCUUAAACACAAUUAAAUAACAAAGCAAAUUUCAUAAUAGUAUUGCAUGAGAGAACCUGUGGCUUUAUGGACAUAACUGAACAGCUAGAUAAAUAAGGCCUGUCUAAACAAGGUUUUUCAGGUAUAAAAAGCACAUACUGCAGACUGUAUAGUCAGGAGGGCUACAAAAUAUUACCCACCGGAAGGAAUUAUUUACUGGUGUAUUAUGUUACUUCACAGUAUUUUUUUUGCAUGUACAAAUACACAAAAUUAUGAUCCUAAAACAAUAUACCAUGAAUCAAUCCCUGUACAUAUACCGGUUUCAUUUCUGUCUUAAUUUAUUUCAGCUUGUAGAACAAUUUCUUUCAUGCUACGUGGUUCUGUGAGUUCAUCAAGUCACCAUGUGAAGAUUUGCAUUGAGAAGUUAUUCUUGUUUUCAUACUGUAGGUCAGAACUGUCACUUAAACUUAUAGAGUUAGAGUCAAAUGUGCCUUAUGAUGAGUGAACACUCUGAACAGGCCUUUAGACUACUGAACAUUAACCUGACAUUAUAUAUUGUGUUUGUAUUAAAUUAUCAAAAAUAAAC